GUCCAGCAGCCUGCCUUCCCUCGCUCCGCGCACCAAAACCAAAUCCCCCAAAAAACCGAGCCCCACCCUCGUCAGCAUCCCAAUGGCCGAGCUGGCGGCGCCGCCCGGCGGGAUCGACCCGCGCAGCGGCUUCUGCGCGGCCACGCGGACCUACCACAGCGUCCGCACCGCGGGCACGUUCCCGCCGGAGUCGCUCCCUGUCACGGUCGCGGCGUACGCCUUCUCCCUCCUCUCCUCCCCGCUCCCCGACCGCCCCGCGCUCAUCGACGCCGCCACCGGCAUUGCCGUCUCCUACCCGUCCUUCCUGGCCGCCGUCCGCUCCCUCGCGGCCGGGCUCUGGUCCUCCCUCGGCCUCCGCCCCGGCCACGUCGCCCUCGUCGUCGGGCCCUCCCGCCUCGACAUCCCCGUCCUCCACUUCGCGCUCAUGUCCAUCGGCGCCGUCGUCUCCCCCGCCAACCCGGCCUCCACCGCCGAGGAGUACGCGCACCAGGUCGGCCUCUCCAGGCCCGUCGUCGCGUUCGCGGCUCCCGAGGUAGCCGCCAAACUGCCAGGCCAUCUGAGAACGGUCGUCCUCGGGUCGGACGAGUACAACCGGCUGUCCUCCGCCGGCGCACAGGCGGCCCCUCCGCCGGUGGCGGUGAAGCAGUCGGACACCGCGGCCGUGCUCUACUCGUCGGGCACGACCGGGCGCGUGAAGGCCGUCGCCAUCACGCACCGCAAUCUCAUCGCUCUGAUCUGCGCGCACGCCGAGAACGCGGAGAAGGUGGCGGCGGAGGCCACCGAGGCGGGCGAGGAGCCGCCGCCGCCGGCCGUGACGCUGCUCCCCCUCCCCCUCUUCCACGUCUUCGGGUUCAUGAUGGUCCUGCGCUCCGUCUCCAUGGGGGAGACGGCCGUCCUCAUGGAGCGGUUCGAGUUCGGCGCCGCGCUGCGCGCGAUUGAGCGGUACCGCGUCACGCUGCUGCCCGCGGCGCCGCCGCUCCUGGUGGCCAUGAUCAAGUCCGAGGAGGCGCGACGCCGCGACCUCUCCUCGCUCCUCGUCAUCGGCGUCGGCGGGGCGCCGCUCGGCCGCGAGGUCGCCGAGCGCUUCGCCGCCGUCUUCCCCGACGUGCAGAUUGUUCAGGGCUACGGCUUGACGGAAUCAUCUGGCUCUGUGGCAUCCACGGUAGGGCCGGAGGAGUCCCUUGCAUACGGUUCCGUCGGGAAGCUGGCAUCGCACUUGCAGGCCAAGAUAGUCGACCCGGCCAUCGGCGAGGCGCUCGGGCCAGGCCAGCGCGGCGAGCUCUGGAUCAGGGGCCCGGUCGUCAUGAAAGGUUAUGUGGGCGAUGACAAAGCAACUGCAGAAACGGUAGACUCAGAAGGCUGGUUGAAAACUGGUGACCUUUGCUACUUCAACGAAGAUGGAUUUCUCUACAUUGUUGAUCGUUUGAAAGAAUUAAUAAAGUACAAAGGAUACCAGGUGCCCCCAGCUGAACUGGAGCGUAUUCUACAGUCUCAUCCUGGAAUUGCUGAUGCCGCAGUUAUCCCAUAUCCAGAUGAAGAUGCUGGGCAAGUGCCAAUGGCUUUUAUAGUGAGGCAACCAGGUUCAAACCUGACUGCGCAACAAGUCAUGGAUUACGUGGGCAAACAUGUUGCACCCUACAAGAAAGUCCGUCGAGUAGCCUUUGUCACUGCAAUACCAAAGUCAGCCGCGGGGAAGAUCUUGCGUCGGGAGCUUGUGCAGCAGGCCGUGUCCAUGGGCGCCUCCAAGCUCUGAGGUGUAUUUUGCUGUGCAAACCUAGAAGAUUAUUUUUCUUGUAUAUACUAAACUGGAGAUAUGAUUAGGCGAUCGGCUGUUCUUUCUGAGCUAUUCAACCCUCAAAAUGCUCAUCCGGUUUCCAUGUAAACAUCGGGUAUCGUUUCCAUGGAACAGAUAUUUGAAUGAAGAGGCUGCAAGAACUGUGCGUGCACAAUCUGUUCAAACA